AACAGGAAACGGGAUCUUGGGAGAGGCGGAAAUUGCAGCAGCAGCGCCAGAGCUGGAGCCAGAGAGCUGCGGACGCUGCAAAAGGGAAGCGCCGGAGACGCCCGGGCCGCCAGGGACAAAAUGUGGAAAGCAACAGCAGGCCACGCGAUCACUCUCAGCCAGGAAGAUGGAGGUGCAGACGACUGGGAAACAGACCCCGACUUUGUGAAUGACGUCAGUGAAAAGGAACAGCGUUGGGGCGCGAAAACGGUGCAAGGCUCUGGUCAUCAAGAACACAUCAACAUCCAUCAGCUGAGAGAGAAUGUUUCCCAGGAGCACAAGUCCCUCAAGGAGAAAGAGCUUCAAACGGGGCCAAAGGCUUCCCAUGGGUAUGGUGGCAGGUUCGGUGUGGAACAAGACCGGAUGGACAAAUCAGCUGUUGGUCAUGAAUAUCAGUCGAAGCUUUCUAAGCACUGCUCCCAAGUGGACUCGGUGAAAGGUUUUGGCGGGAAGUUUGGUGUACAAGUCGAUCGGGUUGAUCAGUCUGCUGUAGGAUUUGAAUACCAGGGGAAAACAGAGAAACAUGCUUCUCAGAAAGACUACUCAAGUGGGUUUGGUGGAAAAUACGGCGUGCAGGCUGACCGGGUAGACAAGAGCGCGGUGGGAUUUGAUUAUGAAGGGAAAACGGAGAAGCAUGACUCGCAGAAAGAUUAUUCCAAAGGUUUUGGUGGUAAAUAUGGUGUCGACAAGGACAAAGUGGACAGAAGCGCUGUUGGGUUUGAAUACCAGGGCAAAACCGAAAAACAUGAAUCUCAGAAAGACUAUACAAAAGGUUUUGGUGGGAAGUUUGGUGUACAGACCGACCGACAAGACAAGUGUGCCCUCGGCUGGGACCACCAGGAGAAAGUGCAGCUGCAUGAAUCUCAGAAAGACUAUAAGAGUGGUUUCGGAGGGAAAUUCGGUAUUCAGACAGAGAGGCAGGACCUGUCCGCUGUGGGGUUUGACUACAAGGAGAAGCUAGCCAAGCACGAGUCGCAACAAGACUACUCGAAAGGAUUUGGUGGAAAGUAUGGUGUGCAAAAAGAUCGGAUGGAUAAGAAUGCAUCCACUUUUGAAGAUAUUGAGAAACUGUCGUCAACGUACCAGAAGACCAAGCCAGUGGAAGCUGCAAAUGCCAAAACAAGCAACAUCAGAGCAAACUUUGAAAAUCUAGCCAAGGAAAAGGAGCAGGAGGAUAGAAGGAAAGCAGACGUUGAACGGGCUCAAAGAAUGGCCCGGGAGAAACAAGAACAAGAGGAAGCCAGGAGGAAACUAGAAGAACAAGCCAAAGCCAAGAAAGAAACUCCUCCCCCAUCUCCCGCUCCACAGCCAGUGGAAGAAAAGCUGCCUUCAAGUCCCGUUUAUGAGGAUGCGGUUUCCUUGGAGUCGGACUACAAGAGUUCGAACGACUACUCAGCUGUCCAGGAGCCCGAAGCCAACAGCAAAGCUGAAGAAUCGGACUACCAGGAAGCAAUCAGCCAGCGGGAACCCGAGUAUGCCUCCGAGGCGGUGUAUGAAGUGGCUGGAGCAGGAAACCAGUAUCAAGCAGCAGAUGAAACUACUUACGAAUAUGAAAAUGAUCUUGGAAUUACAGCAAUAGCCCUCUAUGAUUACCAGGCUGCUGGGGAUGAUGAGAUUUCCUUUGAUCCGGACGACAUCAUCACAAACAUUGAAAUGAUUGACGACGGUUGGUGGAGGGGUGUGUGCAAAGGCAGAUACGGGCUGUUUCCAGCCAAUUACGUUGAGCUGAGGCAAUAGAGAACCACACCAACCAUUAAUGCCUUAAUACCGUGAUCAUUCAUCUGAUUAAUUACACCACAGAUCCUCUUCCUCUUUGGGGGGUGGGGGGGAAGGAUGGAGGGGUCUAUACAUAUUCCUUUUUAUAUUUAAAAUCCUUUGCUGAUGCUUUUACAAAUGUCUAUGGCUCAGAAGUCACUAAUAUAUUGUAACUCUUCUGUUUUCCCACCACAGCCUGGUCUCAUCGGUUUUUAAUGAGUUUCAAAAUGGGGCUUUUCCAUAUUCUUUGCCAAACCGGUGACGGUCAUACAAAUGGUCCAGGAGCUUUUGGGCUCCUGCCGACAGUAAUGCAUGUUUCACCCGUAUCUGUACGUGUAUCGAAUUACCAAGUAAUCCUGUCCGGCUACCCUUGUGCUGAACAUUGUCCAUUUCCCAGCUCUCAGCCGUGCAAGUUAAAUCAUGUUUCCAUAACAGGAACCACCACCAGUGUGGGGAAGAUGGAACCUAAGAGUUGAAGCCGGCCGCUGUUACUCCAGGAAAAGCUUUGUGCAUGGGUAAUAGCAAGGAUCCAUUGCCGGCAUCUUUUCAUUUUUCUGAGAACAAAGUGCGUGAUUUGGUGGGAAGCUCUCUUGCACAAAACCCCCUGGUUUCAGAGGGGCUUGCACAGGAGAACUUCCUCCUAGGGCUUCGCCAUAAGAGUUGACUGCCCCUGUGUUCCUGUGAAGGCCUGGGGUGGAGUAGGGAGAUGGGGGGGGGGGAAACCCCUUUUCCCUGGGGGAAAAGGGUUGGUUUUCCCCCCCAGGGUGGGAGGGGGUAAACACGCUUUCCCCCCCGGGGGAAACACAGUUUUUCCCACUGCAGGUCUUCACGUUAGUUCCUCUACAGAAGGCCUCCAGUAUUUUAACACAGGUUUGGCUGGUGUUGCUUUUCUCACCUCUACCCAGAACAGCAUUGUAAGAUAUGGGUCUCUGAGAUUUGCUUGGAAGUUUCCCUUGUAGCCGUCUGAGUAGACGGCGGUCUUUUCCAAGUACCCUAUGCCAACAUCCAGGCCUUGGGGAUCAUAGUACUCUUGCCUGUAAGAUUAAGGAUAGGUAAUCCAGUGGAUUCACACAUCGCUGUGUCGACAGAUACUGGUUUGAAAGAUCCGGGGUGGCCCUCGUGUUAUACAUCUUUUCUACAACCAUCUUUCAAUCAUUGAAUGUUAAUCUAGUAGCUUAAACCCUCGGAGAUAAUCUCUUCUUCUAAACUGUAUGCAGAAAACGACCGUGUUUUGUACGCUCAGCUGAAACUGCCCGUAACACAUCGACUAAACAGUAAAUGUGUGCCUGCCUUCGGCCAAAUGGUUAGCUGGAGUUCUUCCACAGUUUUGACGAAGUAAAUUAAAAGUUUUGGUUAACCAUUACUUUUAUCUACAUAAGCAUCCCUACCAAAGACAACACAUACGUGUGUUCUGUGUAGAUCCUGUCCAUUCCAAUUUGAAAUGAGAAAUUUGGGGAGGGAACUGACCAAGGUCCGCCCCCCCCCAAAAAAGGACUUGCAACAGCUGGGCCCAGUGACAUAUGAACAAGAUUCGCAUAAAAUGGUGGCAUACAGUAUAUCUGGGGAGGAGGGGUAAUCGAGAGCAGGGAUGGAAUUGGGUGGUUGGGACAAUCUUUAAGACGAAUGUCAUUUUUUUUUAACCUUACGUAAUCUCUCCCACGGGGUCCCUUUCUGUUAAUAGUAUCGCAUUGGGUUGGGCUGGAUUUUAUAUGCAGUUGAUCUGAUUCAGUUUUGCAUAGGACACCUCAUAGGAUACAUGAUUCCUCUUUUUUGUAAAUUAAAAUAUUCCAAUAAACUUUUGGAACCAUU